CGCCGGGGCUGCGAGAACCACCGCCGCCGCCGCCGCAGCAGCAGCAGCAGCCGCCGCCGCCGUCGGACGACCAAGCUUACAACCGCCACUGCCUCCUGCAAACAGCAGCAUUUAACAGUAUAAGCCCACGGCGGAGCUCGAUUCGUGUGUGUCACCGAUUCUUCCCCGCCAGCCAAACACCCUCACUCCCCGGCCCCCUGCAGCCGCCUACCUCCUCCACCCGCUCUCUCGUCUCUCCCUCGCCCCUUCCCUUGUUACAUUUCCCCUCUACCCCCCUCCCUUUCCCUACGGACUUGGGGGGGUUGGGAACGAGCUGCCAUGUGAUGCCUGUCUGGCCGGGUUUCACUCGGUAACCCCCGAACCGAAAGCCACACACCGGCUGGCCGGCCGAAGCCGGGGCCGGGGGGUGGGCGGGGGGUGCUCGCAAGCCUGAGGACAGCAAGAGAGAGAGGAGGGAAAGACGCAAAGUUCCUGGAAAAGUGGAGGUCUCUGAUUCAGAAAGUGAGGAUUCUGGAGAAGAAAAGAAUGAUUAAGAGCUGCCACACUCUGUGACAUGUCCGACCCCUUGACCCAGUCCAAGCAACAUGUACAAGGUGAAGAUCCAUUGAUUCAUCAUCAGUUUGCACCACAAAGCUUUGGGGGUCCAUGUCUGAAUGGAUUGCUGUAGCCUUCUCAUUUCUCCAUUCAUCCAGUUCCCUGCAUCAUAAGACUUAAAGCCAGCACAGGACCUAGAAAAAUUACAUGGUGUGAACGGAAUGUCUGUGGAUGAGAAGACUGAAUCCCCCAUGUAUGUGUAUGAGUCAACAGUCCAUUGUACCAAUAUCCUCCUGUGCCUCAAUGACCAGCGGAAGAAGGAUAUUCUUUGUGAUGUGACUUUGAUUGUGGAAAGGAAAGAGUUUCGAGCCCACCGAGCUGUGUUGGCAGCAUGCAGCGAAUACUUCUGGCAAGCUCUGGUAGGGCAGACGAAACAUGACUUGGUUGUCAGCCUGCCUGAGGAGGUCACUGCUCGGGGGUUUGGUCCAUUGUUACAGUUUGCCUACACAGCUGAGCUGCUACUCAGCAGAGAGAACAUCCAGGAGGUCAUCCGCUGUGCCGAGUUCCUGCGCAUGCACAACCUGGAGGACUCCUGCUUCAGUUUCUUGCAGACCCAGCUCCUGAACAACGAGGAUGGCCUGUUCCUGUGCAAAAAGGACACCGCUUGCCAGCGCAUGCAUGGCAACAUGGAGAACUCGGAGGGCGAGGAGGAGGAGGAAACGAUGGAGUCGGAAACUUCCAAGAUAUCGUGUCCCAAGGAGCGGAUGCACCCAGAACCGCUGAGCUUCGAGUCCGCAGCCCCAGUAGCAGAAAAGGAAGAAGGCGGGAUCCCCGACUCUGACGUGCCCAGGGACGAGGGCAGGGGCAGUCUGGACAAGGAUGCACUCACACGGUACCCCAGAUAUAAGAAAUACCAGCUUGCUUGUACCAAGAAUGUUGUCUACAACACAUCGCACAUCAGUACCUCAGGUUUUGCAAGCGCACUCAGUGAAGAAAACCCUGGCAACGGCCUCCAGGCAGGAUUGGCCAUGGGGCAGAUUAAAAGCGAACCUCAGAGCGAAGAGAAUGACGAGGAAAGCAUCACGCUUUGCCUGUCCGGAGAGGAGCCCGAUGUCAGGGACAAAGAGGGGGACAUGGAAAUGGAAAGGAAACAGCCCAGCCCCAGCCCCAGCCCCGUGGCCACCACCUCUGCUGCUGCUGCCGCAGCCGCCGCUGCUACCCCCUCGGCCACCUGCAUGGACAGAGCGAAAAGCGGCUCUUCUCCCUCCUGUUUAGGGGCUCUCUUCAACAGAACAAAAAGUGCAGAGUUGUCGGGCUUGCCCAGUACUUCCCAACAGCACUUUGCCAGGAGUCCAGCUUGCCCUUUGGACAAGGGGACAACUCAGGGUGACCAUAAAACUGACUACAGCCCUUUCACGGGGAAUUAUGGACAGUCCCACGCCAGUCAGAAAGAGGCUUCCAGUGUCCCAGUGGGGUCUCCUCUCAAGGGGCCUGGGUUCGAAACCCUCUGUAAGCAAGAAGGCGAGCUGGACCGGCGAAGCGUAAUCUUCUCUUCCAGCGCCUGUGACCAAGGGAACACUUCGGUGCAUUCAUAUUCUGGCAUAAGCAGUUUGGACAAAGAGCUCUCUGAGCCUGUGCCAAAGGGUCUCUGGGCAGGGGCUAGCCAGUCCCUCCCUAGCUCACAGACCUAUUCCCACAGUGGGCUAAUAGCUGAUCACUUGCCAGGAAGGAUGCGGCCUAAUACCAGCUGCCCGGUGCCAAUUAAAGUUUGCCCUCGCUCUCCCCCCUUGGAGACCAGGACCAGGACCUCCAGCUCCUGCUCCUCCUACUCCUACGCAGAAGAUGGGAGUGGUGGUUCUCCCUGUAGCCUCCCUCUCUGUGAAUUCUCCUCCUCUCCCUGUUCCCAGGGAGCUCGAUUCCUUACCACUGAUCAUCAGGAGCCAGGCCUGAUGGGAGAUGGAAUGUACAACCAAGUCCGACCCCAAAUCAAAUGUGAGCAGUCCUAUGGAACCAACUCAAGUGAUGAGUCUGGAUCGUUCUCUGAAGCAGACAGUGAGUCAUGUCCUGUGCAAGACAGGGGCCACGAGGUCAAACUUCCUUUUCCUGUCGAUCAAAUCACAGAUCUUCCAAGGAACGACUUCCAGAUGAUGAUAAAGAUGCACAAGUUAACCUCAGAACAACUAGAGUUCAUUCAUGAUGUUCGCCGGCGUAGCAAGAAUCGGAUUGCAGCUCAACGUUGCCGCAAAAGAAAACUGGAUUGCAUUCAGAAUUUAGAAUGUGAAAUACGGAAAUUGGUAUGCGAGAAAGAAAAACUGUUGUCAGAAAGAAACCAGCUGAAAGCGUGCAUGGGAGAACUCUUAGAUAACUUCUCCUGCCUCUCCCAAGAAGUCUGCCGAGAUAUCCAGAGCCCUGAGCAGAUUCAAGCCCUGCACCGGUAUUGCCCUGUCCUCAGGCCGAUGGAUCUCCCCACAGCCACCAGUAUUAACCCUUCACCCCCCAGCAUGGAGCAAAGCCUGGCAGCCUCCCAGUGCGUCGGGGAAAGCAUGCAGUGCUGCUUGGAUCAGGGCACCGUGCCCCUCGGGACUCCCUGGCUCCCCAACAAUGUGUCGGAGAAUUGUACAGCUGGGAGGAGGUUGGAUGGAGCUGACCAAGGUACCUACUCAGAAAGAGGGCCCUCUCUAGAACCAAGGAGCCAAACAGUGACCGUGGACUUCUGCCAGGAAAUGACUGAUAAAUGUACAACAGACGAACAGCCCAGGAAAGAUUAUACCUAGUGACGGGCCCUGACAUCCCCACCCAGACAAAUGUUCAUCAGUCAGCCUGUGGCCAGUUCAUUUGUUGUCUAGAAGAACGAAUUUGGUGCACACUACAGUGGUCUUAGCAGCAAUACUGUUUUUAAGUAUUUCCUCCUCCCUACAAGCAGGAGUUACCUAGUUAUCUUCACAAUGGUGCUAUCCCUUGCCCAGGCAGGGAACUCAAACAGUGGCAACACUGUCUGUUUUUAUAUAUUAAUUUCAAUCUUAACAGGGAUGGACAUAACACCUCUGAGGACCCAACCACAGAUUAUUUUCUCAGUGGCCCAUGUCACAAAACCCUAUCUCAGGAAUUUCCUCUGAAUGUUCAAUUUUUUUUCAUUGAAGACAGCUUCUAUACACAUCAAAGUUUUAUAACUAAACUGUACAUAUAAUAUAUAUAAUAUAUAAAAAUAUAUCUCCAUAUGCAAAAGUCCCUGCAUGCCUCAAUUUUCUCAUCCUAAAACUGGAAACUUUCAUUUCUAAUGUAUAAACAAGUUCCAACAUUCCUUUUUUUUUCCUUUUUUUUUUUGCCUUUGAUGCUAGAAGUAGUUUGGUAACUUGUUAUGGUGGUAAUUUUUUUUCUUGGUUUAUAGUUCAUCAAUAUUACUCAGUUUGUACUUAUUUAUGGAAAAAAUCAACAUUGAAAGCUUAUUUGAGAGUUGAUUGCAGAGUUUUUGUUUUGUUUUGUUUAAUUUUGGGCACAGACAAAUGGUGCCAUCUGAGCAUUGUGGAUUUUUUUUCUUGCAGAUACUGUACAGUAAUGGUCAACUUUGCCACUUGCACUGAGUUUGGGGUCAAACCUAUUUUCAUAAAUGAAGUUGUAACUUCAGUAUAACUCGAGUAUACUGUAUAUUAUUUGCUUUAUAGUUUAAAAGAAAGUAAAACAUUUUAGGUAAUUAAAAAAAGCACUCAGGUGAUAAUUAUGUAGAAGAAACAAUCUUGCCAAAUAAUGAAUUCACCCCCCAAUUUGUAGAUGAUAAUCUGCUUGAAUAUUUUUGUAUUUCAACUCCUUAGCCCUCUCCCUUCCCCCUCCCCAAGCAAAUUUUAAAUGAGUCUAGUUAGUGGUAGAUGCUUGAUGUCCAGAUUCCUAGGUGGGGAGAGAGUUUGGGCAUCCCACUUGAAAAAUGCAUCAGUAACAGAACAUCCAACCAUGAUUUUACACCAGGAUUCUAUAAGUGUUGGUGUCUAGAAACCAAGUUCUGUUUUCUUCCCCAAGUAAGUUGUGGUCUGGUCACUACUUACUCCCUGAAGGAUUCUAUUAUAGGAUCUUCUCUUUUGAAGUCAUGGCCAUCAACCCAACUACCUUUGAGAAAGUCAGUCUCUCUGGAGAUGACUGAAGCAAUUGGUUGAGCUGUAGGUUCACUGAACCAAUGGUUGGUCUUUGGAUGGUUCAAAGGGCCAGUGAAGCAAAUGUGCCCCAAAUAGGAGAGACAGCAGUGCAAGCCCAAAGUCUUCUCCUAGUAUGGGCAGAAGAGGUUUUUUUUUUUUUUUUCCUCCCUUCCUGCUCCAAGUACAUUGAGUUGUGUUUUGAGGUUACUUCACUGACCUGCUGCCCAAAUACAUCCAUAGCUCAUUCUGAGACUUUAGGCAAGACAAUACCAGAACUCUUCCUAAUGGCAUUUUUUUCUUCUCUUGCUGCAAAACUGGUUGGCUGUGCACAUCUGCGAAAGAGAGCAGCUUUUCCUCAGCACGGAGGGAUGAUGUUCUCCUCUGGUGCAAACGUUUACACAUGAGGUGUGCACCAGUGUUUCUCUUAAGGCACUCAGUAGCUCAGCAUCUUUCCUUAGGAGGAGGAAUCAGCUCCCUCACUCCAGUGAUACUUUUAUGACAUCAUGAAUAUGGACACUCAUGAAUGCCCUGGUCUUGCUUAACACCCCUCGACCCCUUGGCUACAGUCUGGCUCUGGAGGAGAAAUGUGUAUGGUUUGAUAUGGGGCUAGGGUGGGAGGGGUCAUCGGGGGCUAGGUGGCUGAUUUUUGGUUCUUUGUGCCACUGUUUGGACAAUAUUAAAGCCGCAUGUAAAAGGGGGAAGUUAGUAUAAAAUGUAGGCGAAAAGUGAAACCAUAAUAACAUGUUUUAGUAUUAACUUUUUCUGUACAAAAUACUAGCUCUAAAUGUUUAAAUAUGUAUGGAUGCCAGAAACUGUUGAUUCACACAGUAGGGGAAAAAAAGCCUUUUCUUUUCAAAUGCUUUCUUUUUGAAGACCUGCCUCUAGGUUUUUUUGUUUUUGUGUGUAUAUGUACGUGUGUGUGCGCGCGUGUGCCUGAAACAAUUUUUUUGUAAGGCCCUCUAUGGAUAAUUCACUUUUUUAUUUGUUGUUGUUAUUGUUGUUGGAAUUUCUUGACCUUGUAAAGUAAUUCUUUACUUCACCAUAAGGUUUUCAUUUGUGGGAGACAAUGGUGACAGCAAGAAUUUUAAACUAAAUGUGAAUCACAUGAUCACUUCAUAGGUUUUUGUUAUCUGGAGGGGGUCAGCUGACAGUAUUUUUUAAACUAUUUUUUGUUGUUGCCUUUUUAAAUGACCUCCUCUUUUUUGUUUUGUUUUCUUUUGUUUUUUUUUUUGUUUUUACUGUUCUUUGAGUUUAUAAAUAACCAAGUCUGCACCAGCUUCUUGACAUGAUUUUACCCAAUUAACAACUCAUGUGCAACUGGUAGUCUUGACCUCAUUCCAUCCUUUGUGCAUAUUAUUGUUCUUGUUACUUUGAAACACCCACAGAUCUUGUGCCGCAGCUCUUAGUUCUACCUUGGCCCUCACUGAUGGUGAAUCUGUUUAUUUUUUCCCUGCCCUAACUCUAUCUACUACCCAUCUUUGCCAUGGGAACUAAUGAGGAAAACCAUUGUUCAAGGGGGAAAAAAACUUUUUCAAGCUUUUUAGCAAUUGAUUUUUUAAGUUAUGUUUAUUUUCCCCAUGAAGUAACUAAUUUCAUAUAAUUGCUCAGAUGCUAUGGAUGUGGUUUUGGCUAUUCUGAACCAUGUGCUUAUAUCUGUUACUGAUUCAUUUGGAGAGAUUUAAAAGGGAGAUAAACCCUUGGGAGGACUAGAUAUGGGACUGAAUCCGAAUUGGCUUCCAUGUAGUAAGAGAAUUUCCAAAUUAAAAAUUAAUUACCCUUUUUCCUCUCCCCCUCCAUGCAAAAUAAAAUUUUAAAAAACAAGGUAAAAGUACUAGCAAGAAAAACAACUUACACAAAAUUAAAGUCUAUAAUUGUAUUUUUGAAAUCUCUUUCUUCCAAAAUAAAGAGAAAACUAUCCCUUAGCCAUGGCCAAAGUGCUAUUUCAGAUUCUAAGUGGCUUCCAUCCACUAAAACAGCCAAUAAUUGGGGCAACAGCAAUAAGUAGACAGAUCUCACCCCAGCUUAGUGUUCCCCUUUCAUCUGCCUUCUCCAUGCUCCCUGUAUCGCCAGAAAAACCUCAUUUCAUUUAAGCUUAUUGUGCUAUUGUCACUCAAAUGCUUUGCAGUGUGUAUUUGUUUCUGCACAUUCUCUGGGGGUGCCUUGAAUAAGACAGAACUACAUCACAUACUGAUUCUGGAACAAAUUGGUUGGAAAAGAAAAAGAAAAACUCUCAGUCAAGUUACUAAGACAUCCUAAUAUUUAUACCGUGGAUUUCCUAACGUAUGAUGACUCAGGCGUCAGAGUUGAUGCUGCAGUAGAAGACUAUUAUUUUGUAUAAUGUUCGAGUAAUUUAUUAAAUGUCUUUCUAAGGGUAUGCUGCUUUUAAGAUGCACUAUAUUUUUGGAUUUAAUCCUUAUAUUAUUGUUUUCCCAAGGAAGUAAAAAUGUAGUAUUACAAAGGCUAACCAUAGUGAUUAGUAAGCCAACUACUACCUCUCUUUUUAAAAGGAGAGUCAGGACUAGCUGCAGUAAUUGCAUUAGAUUAAUCAGUGUAGGAGAAGCGUUUCUAAUGUUAAAUUCAUCACUGCUGUGGAAAGGUCCAAUGCAAAUUUUCUAGCUAUUUUAAAUACUUUAUAAUUGCCAGUUUUAAAAACACACAUACACGCACACAUAAUAAACACACACACAGUCACAUUUACACAUUUACAAUUAUAACUCUAUUAGAUGACAGUCUUUUUAAUAAACCCAGAAAGUCAGCCACAAUGUCCCGAUUUGGAAUCCACAGCACAUUUUAGAUAAUCUACAGGUUCUAGACUGUGUUAAAAUUAGAAAUAAGAGGUUUAAAAAGAAAAAAAAAAAAAAAAAGCCAGAAUCCCCCUAAGGUAUACUUUUCAAGCUUUUGCAAGGUAUCACCCUCUAUCUUUGUCCUACAUAGUUCUGCUUGACUGCACCUUCUCCAUCACCCCACCCCAAUUUAAUCUAAGAAUUGUUAAGUCUUUUCAAACAAGCCAAACACCAUUAAUUCUAUCCUAAAUCACUGAGAACGCAUGCGCAGUCAUUGCUUUUGAAGUUUUCCCAAUGGAGGUGAAUUUCUUGCCUAAGCAGGGAGUGCUCGUGGCAGCUACAUUGCCACAUGUCAAUGUUAAAGAUCCUGCUGAAGAUACCGUAGCUACAAGACAUUUUUUUUAAAUAGAGAAAAUGUAGAUAUUCUGUUGUGAGCUAGUAUUUUCUUCUGACAUUGUAGUUUUUAUUCUAGAUUAUGUUUCUGGCAAAGCGAUCCUUCGUGUGAUUCAGUCUACGUGGAUCUAGCCGCCAUGUAGGAUGCGUAUGUGUGUGUGUGCGCACGCGUGUGAUUAUGUGUGCUUUGUGUAUAUUAUGUAUAUGUGUGUGUAUUUAUAAUACAACCUGAGCUAUUUUAUGACCCAAGCAUCACCACUGAUGCUGUAGAAUCCAAUAUACAUGAACAUACUUAUGUGUGUGCAAAAGAAUAUAUGUAUAUAGAAAAGACCUAUUAUGGCGGAUUGGGGAUAAAUUAUUGAUCUGACAGUGCAACAACCUAGCUUGCAACAAAAAGUAAAUGUACAGUAUUUUCCUACACUCCACCAUGGUAGAUGAUAUUUAUACUAAACUAAUAUCAGUGACAUGUUUUUAAUUGUAAGCAUAAGACAUUGCCAUUUUGUGAAGAAAACCACUUUGGUGAGGGGGGUCAGCUUGAGUCGUUUUUAUUUAAUGUUGUAAACAUGGUAAUUAGCCAAAUCUGACAGCUGAUGAAAUAAACAGUUCUGUGAAUUUCACUUUCAUUCCAGUAGUAUUGACCUCAAAUCAAAGAAUGGCCCUCUCUAUGAGCAGAAGUGCACUAAGACCAGACAUUUCACUCAGAUUCACGUACAGUGCCAAAAAACGCUCUCCCUGGGGGAAUAGAAAAGGAUGGAGUUGAUGGGAGUGGAUAGUAAAAGAGCUGUGCCCCAGAAGAAAAAAAAAAAAGUAGAAGCAACUGGAGUUGGUCCCAGCGUUUUUUCUCAGCAGGGUGAUUCUCAGACCUCUUCCAUUUCUGGAGACCGGUGUGGGUGUGUGGGUGUGUGGGUGUGUGUGGGUGUGAAUGGGUGUGUGGGUGUGUGUGUGUGUUUGUGAUUCCCACCCACCUGGCUCACACUCAGAGUGUAUCUGGCACGUGUGCCCACUAUUGCUGCCUCUGAGGGCUCCGACUCACGGGCACCCCAGGAGCAAGCGGGAGCCAUAGUGGACACAGCAGGGAUAGCACCAAUCCUUUCAAGCAUCGCGUUGGAGUUGGAGGCCAGGAGGACCUGUAGAAUUUGUUCCAGAACCAGUCCAAUACAAGUGCACCUCUAAUAAAUGCCUUACAAACUUCAGAGGCCAUAUUCAGAACAGGGUUUUAUCAGCGUAUGCAAGGGGCUGUAGCCCCUCUUCUCUUCCUCCCCAGGUCAAACAGUAUGGACAGUUUUCACACAUAUCUACCUGUAUAAUCCUCUGUACCUCUCAUAACUGGUCAAUGACUGUAACAGGUUACAUCAGGUGUUUUUCUACAUACUUUUUACACAGAUUCUAUGCGAUUAAUGUAACUUAAUUCAAUGCAUCAUUUAAUUGUACUAGUUCUUAAGCUUGUCUUUAUUUUUUUUUCUAGGUGACUGUGGUUUCUUGUGAUUUUUAUUGUAAAAAUGAGAUGGCUGUUGAUGCUUAUUCUCUGUUACUAAGAAUUUUUACCUUUUUGGAAAAAAAAGAGCAUUGCUAUGAACUAAUGAAUUAAAACUUCAUUUACUCGUUGUAAAUACAGUAUUGUGCAAAAAAAAAAAAAAAGCCCAACCCUUUUCAUUCAUUUGAAAUUGCUAGUGUUAACUGAAUUUUGUCUAGACACCAUUUCUGUUGAAGAAAUAAAGACAUAUCAUUAUGUAUUGUAAAUUGA